UCUUAGGAGAACAGAGGGGAAGCGAUGGCUGCGCCGGGUUCGCCACAGGAAGAGGACGAAUGUGUCAGUGGCGCCCAACUCAUCGCGGAGGCCCUAAAGGCGCAAAACAUAGAAUAUAUGUUUGGUAUUGUUGGUGUUCCUGUGAUUGAAGUAGCGGUUGCUGCUCAAGCAAGUGGGAUUAAAUAUAUAGGAAUGCGCAAUGAACAAGCUGCCUCAUAUGCUGCCUCUGCCAUUGGAUACUUGACAAGCAGGCCUGGUGUAUGUCUUGUCGUUUCUGGUCCAGGCCUUAUCCACGCUCUAGCUGGAAUGGCAAAUGCAAACAUGAACUGCUGGCCUUUGAUUGUGAUUGGAGGCUCAUCUGACAGAAAUCAAGAAACAAUGGGAGCUUUUCAAGAAUUUCCACAGGUUGAAGCCUGUCGGCUCUACAGCAAAUUCACUGCCAGACCAAGCAGUCUAGAAGCUAUUCCUGCUGUUAUAGAGAAGGCUGUCAGGGCCAGUAUCUAUGGACGUCCAGGUGCCUGUUACGUUGACAUACCCGGAGACUUCGUAAAUCAGCAAGUGAAAAGGAACUCUGUCAAAUAUGUAGGAUGCUGUCCAGCCCCUCCCAUCAGUAUGGCUGAAGAGGCUGCAAUUUCUAAAGCAGCUGCAAUCAUCACGCAUUCCAAAAAACCACUUGUAAUUAUUGGCAAAGGUGCUGCUUACGCACGUGCUGAAAACAGCAUCAGAAAGUUGGUGGACCAGUGUGGGCUUCCAUUUUUGCCUACUCCAAUGGGGAAGGGAGUUGUUCCUGACAACCAUCCGUACUGUGUAGCUGCAGCUAGAUCUAGGGCACUGCAAGGGGCUGAUACAAUCAUAUUACUUGGUGCCAGGCUAAACUGGAUUCUGCACUUUGGACUUCCUCCAAGAUUUCGUCCAGAUGUGAAAAUCAUCCAGGUAGACAUUUGUGCAGAAGAGUUGGGGAAUAAUGUGAAACCUGUUGCAGCCUUACUGGGUGACAUCAGAGCUGUGUCAGAACAGCUUUUAGAUCAGCUGAACAAAAAACUUUGGAAAUACCCCUCUGAUACAGACUGGUGGAAAGAUCUACGGGCGAAAAUGCAGAGUAAUGAUGAAACAUCUAAGGCGCUAUCACUACAAAAGCGUUUACCAAUGAAUUACUAUACAGUGUUCUACCACAUCAGGGAACAUUUGCCGAAGGACUGUCUUCUGAUUAGUGAGGGGGCAAAUACGAUGGACAUAGGGCGCACCAUGCUUCCAAACUAUUAUCCCCGCCACAGGCUUGAUGCUGGGACUUUUGGAACAAUGGGAGUUGGGCUUGGUUUUGCAAUAGCAGCUGCUAUGGUUGCUAAAGACCGCAACCCUCAGCAGCAAGUGGUCUGUAUUGAAGGAGACAGUGCCUUUGGAUUCUCUGGCAUGGAAGUGGAGACUAUGUGCAGGUAUAAUUUGCCAGUGAUUAUAAUUGUAGUCAACAACAAUGGGAUAUAUAGUGGCUUGGAUGCAGAUACUUGGAAGGAGAUGCUGAAACUUGGAGAACCUUCUGCAUGUAUUCCUCCUGUUUCCCUGUUGCCAAAUGCUCACUAUGAGCAGAUUAUAUCUGCAUUUGGUGGUAAAGGGUACUUCGUACAAACACCAGAAGAACUGCAAGCUGCUCUGAAAGCAAGCCUGAUGGAUAAGUGCAUGCCUUCUAUUAUAAAUGUAAUGAUUGAUCCACAAGCAGACAGGAAGAAACAAGAUUUCCACUGGCUGACCAGGUCCAACAUGUAGCAGAAUGGACAAGAACUGGAAAUCAUGAGCAAAGCUUUUUGGGAAAAUAUUGAAAAUAUACUUGUAGAGUUCACACUACAAUUUCUAUUUCUGCCUUUUCAUAUAAUAUAAAAGAAAAUUUGUGCCACAAUAAUUUGUUUAGUCUUUAAGAUGCCACAAGAUUGUUUGUUUUGCAGAAAGAGACUGAUACAGCUGUCCCUAUGAAGAUGUGAACUUUUCUUUUUAGAAAUGCAAUUUUAGUUAUGUUGACGUGCACCCCGGGCAUUCUUAUGGGUGAAAUGUUAAGUGGAAAACUGCCCCUGGAUCUUCCCCCUCCCUUUUCCCUGGUCUGCCAUCUACCCGCUCUACCAUUCACCAUAGACUUUGCCCCAUCUCUAUAAAGCAGGAUUGGUAGCUCCAUAGGGUUACAUUGUGCAAAUUCUUCAUGGUAAGGGAAUGCACCGCGAGGCACUACUGAGAAUGUAAUUUUUGCUGCCAUGUGUAUGUCCUUCACUAACAUAUUGAAUAGAAAAUAAUUCUGUUUAGGAUAGCUCUUUGCUAUCCUAAACAGAAGCUUGAUCAAAUAGAGCCCUCCUCCCCAAAAGGCAAGUGUACACAGACUAUCUUUCAUUGACGUAAGCCAGAGUUGCCACCCUCUGCCUAGCAUGUCUGUCAUCUCUAGAAUAUGCACAUAUUUUAGUUCAUAUUGGAUUCCUAAUGUGAUCAAGUAAUUAGAAUAUCUUCAUUGAUUAUCUAGAGCAGUGGUCCUCAACCUUGGGCCUCCAGAUGUUCUUGGCCUACAACUCCGAAGU